CAGUAGCAGCAGCACAGCUCAAAGAAACAAGCGCAACCAUGAUGGGCAAGAUCAUCUUCUACGAGGACAGGAACUUCCAGGGUCGUUCCUAUGAGACGAGCCAGGACUGCCCUGACAUGUCCUCCUACCUGAGCAGGUGUCACUCCUGCAGGGUUGAGAGCGGCUGCUUCAUGGUCUACGACCGCCCCAACUUCAUGGGAAACCAGUACUUCAUGAGGAGGGGAGAGUACUCUGACUACCAGCGUAUGAUGGGAAUGAAUGACUGCAUCAGAUCCUGCCGCAUGAUCCCAAUGCACAAAGGAAACUUCCGGAUGAGGAUCUACGAGAGGGAGAACUUCGGAGGUCAGAUGAUGGAGCUGAUGGACGACUGCGACUCCAUCCAGGACCGUUACCACAUGUCUGACUGCCAGUCCUGCCACGUGCUGGAUGGACACUGGCUGAUGUACGAGCAGCCCCACUACAGAGGCAGGCAGAUGUACUUGAGGCCCGGAGAGUACAGGAACUUCAGAGAUAUGGGCAUGGGAGGCAUGGGAACGAGAUUUAUGAGCAUGAGGCGUAUCAUGGACAACAUGACUAUGUAAUUUCCUCAAAUGUAUAUACACAUUUUUAAAAACAAGUUCCCUUUAAAACCUUAA